AUGUUGUUAAGACGAUUUUUUCAACGAGCACGUACUCGUUCGUCCACUGAUACAAAUAAACAAACAUGCCUAUGUACAACAGCAAAACGAGAUUCCGUCUAUGAUGAUCUGCCUUCAACAUUGAAGAAAACAUUCGAUCAACAAUCUGUCGACCAUUACGGAUUGCUUCGAUCAGAUAAACCACGGCGACUAAUUCGGCAAGCAAAUACAGAUGAAUCUGAUGGUGAAGAUGAUA